GCGGGGGCUGCCUCCCCCGUGGCUCGGCAGAGUAUUCCAGAGACCCAUCUGUGACUGUUUUUAAGAUAGUUCCACUGAAUGAGGUUAUGGGAGAGAAGGAGCCAUGUCAGAAGAAGCUGUUACUGAGACACGAUUUUCUCUGAAGACGGUAGCUUUACGGGUAUUUCAUCUUCCCCUCUCUUGGUAUUAUUCUCUUAACCAGGUAAGGCUUUCUCCUGGGUUAAAGAAGCUUUUCACGGUAACAGCAGUGAGUGCAAUAUCUGUGAUUUUUCUGGCCCAUCACUUCAAAAGAAGACGUGGAAAGAAAAACAAGAAAGUGCCACCAUGGGAACCAAAUCAUCUAGUAUUAGAGUGUACCAAAGCAGCUGCCUCAGAAAAAGGUUCUAGUUGUUCCAGUAGUCGGCAAAACUUGACUCUUUCUCUGAGCUCUGCUAAGGAAAAAGGAUCUCAGUCUUGUAUCUAUGCAAAUGGAGGACUUUUCAGUAAAUACUCUGGUUCCGUUCAAAGUCUGGCCUCGGUUCAGAGUGCCACCUCUUGUCACAGUUGUGCUUGUGCCAAUUCUAAUUCCUGGGAUAAAGCAGAUGAAGAUGAUAUUAAGCUUGUCAAUAUUCCAGUGACCACACCUGAAAACUUAUAUUUGAUGGGUAUGGAGCUUUUCGAAGAAGCGCUGCGUCGAUGGGAGCAGGCAUUAACUUUCCGUAACAGGCAAGUUGAAGAUGAAGCAAGUUGUGGUUCCAUUAAGCUGGGAGCAGGAGAUGCGAUUGCAGAAGAAAGUGUAGAAGAUAUCAUUAGUGCUGAAUUCAUUCAUAAGCUUGAAUCCCUUCUUCAAAGAGCUUACCGUCUUCAGGAGGAGUUUGAAGCCACCCUUGGGGCCUCUGAUCCUGCUUCUCUAGCUAAUGAUAUUGAUAAAAAUACAGACAUUACUGUAAAGGAUAAUGCAGAUGAUUUCUGCCUUCGAGAUACACUAAGCAUUGCAUCAACAGACUCCUUUGUUUCCACAGCUGAGCUUGCAGACCACAGAGAGAUUCGUAAUACGUAUGGUCUAGAUUCCCUUUGCCAUUGCCCAUUGUAUGAAGAAGCUAUGCACUUAGCAGAAGAAGGCAAAAUUUAUUCACGAGUCUUAAGGACUGAAAUGUUUGAAUGUCUAGGAGACAGUGACUUCCUUGCUAAGCUUCAUUGCAUUCGACAAGCUUUUCAGAUAAUUCUUUCAGAAACAGCAAACAGAAUAUUUCUUGCUGAAAGUGGAAGAAAAAUUUUGUCUGCUUUAAUUGUGAGAGCACGAAAGAAUCCAAAGAAAUUUGAAGAUGUCUUUGAUGAAAUGAUAUAUUUUUUGGAACAAACAGAUCACUGGGAUAAUACUGAAAUGGAACUUGCUGCUAGAGGAGUGAAAAACCUGAAUUUUUAUGAUGUUGUUCUGGACUUCAUAUUAAUGGAUUCAUUCGAAGAUUUGGAAAAUCCACCAAUAUCUAUACAGAAUGUAGUAAAUAACCGCUGGCUAAAUUCCUCUUUUAAAGAAACAGCUGUGGCCUCGAGCUGUUGGUCAGUGCUGAAACAGAAAAGACAGCAAAUGAAGGUACCCGAUGGAUUUUUUGCACAUUUCUAUGCCAUAUGUGAACAUAUCAGCCCUGUUUUGGCUUGGGGCUUUUUGGGCCCCAGAAAUUCCCUUUAUGACCUAUGCUGCUUCUUCAAGGAUCAAGUGCUUUUCUUCCUCAAAGACAUUUUUGAUUUUGAAAAGGUGAGAUACUCAACUAUGGAGAGUUUGGCUGAAGAUCUCAUGCAGUUAUUGAUCCGACACACGGAACUUUUAAUGGCUUAUCUUGGAGCAGAUUCGCUGAGACAUGUCAGCUCCUGCGUGAGCGGCCACGAGCAUGUCGUGACCAGUGGGCUCUUAGAAGCAAAAGUACAGUAAGCUUAAAACCCAUGGCUUUUGAAAUGAAACGGAGUGCACUUUGGUGUGCUCCUUCCCACCCUUCUCUCUAACCCCAGCGCUGUCGUUGCUGUUACUGAGCAAGCGUCUGAAACCGUGUCGUGUCGCUAAGUGUGGAAAAGGACUCAGGGAGGUUGAAUGUGCAUCUGUGAAAAGAACUGGUGAGCAUAUUAUUGUAUAUACCUAAAUUAAGUUUGCAGCUCUGCUGUCACUGUAUUUAUACAUAAUAUCCCAAAGCUUUUUUCUGUAAUAUUUGGGUAAAGUUUAUUUAUAAAAUACUGUACUUUUGCACAGAUAAUUUGUAAGUGAAGCUGAUGGAGUUGUUUCCCUUAAAGGCUUAUAGUAUAAAAUGUUCAUUACAGAGUCUCCAAAUCAUUGUGUGUCUAGAUCUAGAAGGUGUUUUGCCUGGGGUAUAUGCAGUCUCUGAUUCAUGUGACAUGUGCAAUAAAGUAAUCACACUUAAAAAAUCAAUCAUGUUGCUACUGCCCUGAAAUUACAUUUGUGUGGGUGUAAGCAGUCAUUUUGUACUACCAUGUUACAGAGUGAUGCAGGAAAUGCAGGCACCGUUUGGGCUGGAAUGACUUCCAGUAUGCUUUUUUUACAUUUUUUUUUUUUUUUUUUAAAUCUAAACAUCAUGAAGAUGUUUGAGAGCACUUAUUUAUAUUGACAAAGCUAUGCUAGCUUUGUUGUCCCAAAGCAGGGUCUUUUACCUGGUGUGCAGAUGCCAAGAUACACACAGAGUAGAGGUAUAACCUAUUUGUUUCAUCUCUGCAGAGAUGGGUGCUGGGUGGCAAUCCACAAAGCCAGCACACCGGCCUGAAAACUCCUUAAGAAAAUUUAUACGGUUCAAAACACAGAAAUAUACACCUUUGAUUAUAAUUAUUGGUUGGUACCUUAUCUUAGCAGUUGCUAUUGGUUGGUACAGUCUCUCACUUUCAUGUCAAGUGACAAGUUCCUUUAAUUGAUGUCCUCACACUCCAGCAGGAGGGAGAGUCCAAUCCGGCCUCCAGUUGAGUUGGUGGUUGUGAUCUCCCACUGCCACCUUUACCCUUCACCCACGUACUGCAAAUUUUUAUUGACUUUAUGCCUUAUCCAGCAGCUGUCUGGUUUUCAGCUGGUUUCAGCGUCUCCUGUUGUGGGAUGUUCCUUUUUAUCAGUUUUCUGUUCUUCAAGAGUAUAUUCAUUAGUGAGGCUUUUAUUGUUUAUAGCAAGUGUCUGGUUUCCUUCUGACCCUUUUACAGCUCUUUGUUUUUACCUAGUGAGAAAUUCUACCUUCUAAAAUACAUGUUACCUUUUUAAAAGUACAUUCUACCAUCUUAAGGUACAUCAGCUUCAUCAAUUAAUUUAAGACACUUCCUUUUUUCUAAAACUGACACUAAUUUAUAUUGUGGUGGUAAAUAAGCUAAUACCAUUCUCAGUUCAUAUGUAGCAUUUCAAAAUAUAUUUUUAAAUAAGAAUGUAUGAUAAGAUUUGUUAAUCAUGAAACAAAAUCAAAGGCAGUGUUUUGUAAUUAAAAGCAUUUUCGUCUUCCUCCCUUCCUUGUAGGAAGUUAGGUGUCUAUUUAAGAGGAAAUUAAAGCAAUUGUGGCCAUGUAUGUGCAAUGCAAAACUGUAGCUCAGAUGUGGAACCCUGAACUUUAGACAGGAGCACAGCUCAGUAACCAGGCACGAGGGAACUUGCAGUAACGUUUUUUUCCUGUGCUAAAGGUAAUAAAUAAUGAUGACCUAUAAUAUUUGAAUUUCUGUGAACUGAAACAAUGUUUCAUAGUUAUCUUAGGCUUUUAAACUACAACUUACAUACGCUUUGCCACACAAAGCCAGCCCACAGGAAUCUAUCCUGUGUCAAGUAAUAGAAUGUAAGUAAUUACAGAGUAAUUCUAAAUAUUCAGAUACUUAAGAAGCAUGUUGUUAAAAUCUAGCGUAUUGAAACAAACUUUGAUUAGAAAUAUUUCAACUUUCGUUGCAAACAGAACCCAAAACAAUGAUGCCUGAAAAGGAGAGCCUCUGUAAUUUCAUAGGUUUUACUGAUGCUGACAUUUCGCUCCUUUGUUGUACUCAUUUGAAUAAAAACAAAAAUGAUGAAAAUGUGUCAUAUGACUUGUGUACAUGUAGUUUAUAUAUUUAAAAAAAAAAGUAUACUUCUAUGUGUAAUAAAACAGAAAUUCCAAA